AUGAGUAGCAACAGCACUACUAGCAACGAUAUCAAACACGGCAUCGUUAAAUUGGUUGUUUCCGGAGACACGAUUACGAUACGAGGACAACCCCGCGGAGGCCCACCCCCGGAGAGGACUAUCGCUCUUUCUAACAUCAUUGCUCCGAAAUUGGGACGUCGAGGAGUCAACAAUGGAGAAGAUAUCAGAGACGAGCCAUGGGCUUGGGAAGCUAGAGAAUUUUUACGUAAAAAAUUAAUCGCUCAGGAAGUGGUUUUUGUUGAAGAAAAAUCUGUCAGCGCUACUAAAGUUUACGGAUCCCGUGAUAAUGUCCGUAACCCAAGCCCGGCUCAAUCGCGCCUGCAAGAGUUGGAAGACGCAGCUCGUUCAGCUGGAAAAGGAAAGUGGUCUGGAAGCCCGCUUUCUGAGCACAUCCGUGACGUAAAAUGGACCAUUGAAACUCCGCGUACACUCGUGGAUAAAUACAAUGGCAAGCCAGUCAAAGCAAUCAUCGAGCACGUACGCGACGGAUCAACAGUAAAAGUGUUUCUAUUACCCGACUUUUACCACAUAACUUUAAUGCUCUCAGGAAUCCGGUGCCCCCAGAUAAAAACAGAAGGAGAAGAGCCAUUCGCCCGACAAGCCCAGUAUUUUGUCGAGACACGUAUCCUUCAGCGAGACGUAGAAGUGAUCCUCGAAGCGACCAACAACAACAACUUCGUCGGUACAAUUUUGCACCCAGCUGGUAACAUUGCCGAGCAUUUGCUCCGCGAAGGAUUCGCCAAGUGCGUCGAUUGGACCAUGAACUUCACCAAGUCCGGAGUUGACAAGCUCUACAUGGCCGAGAAAGCCGCCAAGGAGCGCAAGCUUCACCUGUGGCAGAACUGGCAGCCAUCAGCUCCCCAGAAGGAGUACAACGCCGUGGUGGUAGAAAUCACCAGCGCGGAUUCAAUGCUCGUAAGGACUCAAAAUGGCGAGACUAAAAAAAUAUUCUUAAGUAGCAUUCGUCCGCCUCAGAGGGAAAAAAAAGCCGGAGAGGACAAAAACGCUCCAAGGUCCAAGGACUUUAGACCUCUUUACGAUAUUCCGUUCAUGUAUGACGCUCGUGAAUUUUUAAGGAAGAAAUUAAUUCGCAAACAGGUCAAAGUUAUUGAAGAUUACACGCAGCCGGCUAAAGAUCAGUACCCGGAAAAAAUCUGCUGCACUGUUAUGGUCGGAAAAGUCAACAUCGCGGAAGCUAUGGUGUCCAAGGGAUUCGCUACUGUUGUCAGGUACAAGCAGAACGAUGAUCAACGCCCGCUUCAUUAUAAUGAACUCCUGGCUGCUGAGAGCAAGGCUGAAAAAUCUCAGAAUGGUUUGCAUGCUAAGAAAGACACUGCUCCCCAGAGAAUAGUAGAUUUAUCGAACGACGCUGCUAAAGCCAAGUGUCACUUGUCUGCGUUGAAAAGAACACGUGGCACUAAAGCCGUCGUUGAGUUUGUAACAAGUGGCUCGCGUUUGAAGCUUUUCUUGCCUAAAGAGCACUGCUUGAUAACCUUCUUGCUCGCUGGAGUUAAAGCCCCACGCAGAUCGCGCCCAAAGCCAGGUGGUGGAACUAUUGAAGGUGAAAAGUACGCCGAGGAAGCUUUUAAUUUUAUGAAGGAGCAGUGCUUCCAAAAGGAUGUUGAAAUCCAGGUUGAUAAUAUGGAGUCUAAAGGCAGUGGGUUCAUUGGUUGGCUGUUUGUUGAUGGGGUUAACAUGUCUGUUGCUCUUGUUGAAGAAGGAUUGGCUGAGGUGUCCAGUUUCAGCGAGCAUGGGGAGUACAUCAAGUCGCUGAAGGCUGCUGAGGAACGAGCCAAGGCCAAGAAACUUAACAUCUGGGACCGGCCUGAUGCAGAGCCGGAGGAGGAAGAGGUUAAGGAGGAGAAGGAAGUUGUUGAACGCAAGGUUGAGACUCGUGAAGUUGUCGUUUCGGAGGUUACUGAGGAUCUUCACUUCUUUGCUCAGUAUGUGGACCAGAAGAACCAGGUUGAGGGGCUCUUGACGAGACUACGUCAAGAGUUGGAGGAAAAUCCUCCUCUUCCGGGGGCGUUCAGUCCUAAACGUGGGGAUCUGGUUGCUGCUAAGUUUUCUGGGGAUGGAGAGUGGUACCGCGCUAAGGUUGAAAAGGUCGCUGGUACUAAUAUCAGCGUACUCUAUGUUGAUUAUGGUAACCGUGAGGUUGUUAAUGUUACACAAGUCGCGCCGCUGCCUGCUGAAUUUUCAGGGGAAAAACCCUACGCUCAUGAAUUCGUUGCGGCUUAUGUUGCUCUUCCUAAGGAUGUUGAUGAUCAAAAAGCUGCUAUCACAGCAUUCCAAGAAGAUAUUGAAAAUAAAACAUUGUUAUUGUCAGUGGUUUACAAAUCAUCUUCAGGAGUAUUAGCAGCAACUUUAGUUGAUCCUGUAACUAGUGAAGAUAUUGUUAAAGCUCUUGUUAAAGAUGGAUAUCUGCUUGUCAACAGAGAAAAAAGAGUUUAUGUUAAGCCUGAAUACUUGGAUGCACAAUCAGAGGCCAAGAAAGCUCAUCGCAACAUCUGGCAGUAUGGUGACAUCACGACUGAUGACAAUGAAAACGCGUGGAAGUAA